AUUCGUUCAUCAAACGCGAUUCUGCGCACUGCGAAUCCGUCGGAGAGAAUGCCGGUAAAGAGAACAGCCCGAGAUGGUACUGCCAAAUUUCAUCGGAUUUGCUCGGCAUCCGAUACGAUAACCGUGAGGAUCUCGAGGCGUUCAUGCACCUGUGGGUGAUAUUUACGUUUAUGCUGGGUGUGCACGAUCACCGCAAAAUGAGCCUGUUUCGGCUGGAGGUUAUGGACCAGAUUUGUUAGACGGUGAUACGGUACGUGCUGUUUAAACAAAAGAUAUUAGAACAGAUCUGCCAGAUGACGAUACGGUACGUGUUUGUUCCAUUGCUAAAAAUUCGAGACGAUACUGGUUAAAAAAAUAAUAAUGGUUAAACAUGGUUGUAAGAUUCAAGUCCAAGGUGAAAUCUCAAGUGAAAGGAAGCAGUCGGAAAAAUAUGAGGGAAUAUAAUAACAAUCCGGUUCACGGUUGAAUCUUGCUUGCAAUGACUCCGGCCAUCGGCACAAGCUUCCCCAUGCGUUCUCGCGAAUCUUUCGUUCCGGCAUAAAAGUUCUCGAUUGCCAGAACAGAGAAUCAGACGCGUGUUGGACUCUGGCCGCAGCGCAUCGACGCAAAGGCGUUACUCAGCAUCGAAGACAGUUAUCGGUUACUAACACAGUUCACUGGUAGUAGAGCAGUCAUCCAUUUUUGAUUGUAACCGCUAGUGAGAGUGAUCCGUCGCAAAAGAUUAGUACCUUGAAGAUAGUGCCUUGUCUUUUCGCAUAAGCAAUGGAGUCUAUUCAGCUGACCCCCGAAGAGCUUGAAGCGAAAGAGUACUGGAUAACCCUGUUCAAAGCUCUCGACACGCCAAGCGAUGAGGGCACGGCAGCGGAUCUUGAAACUGAAUUGCCAUCCUGGUACGAUGAAGCAAAGUUUAAGCGUGGCCAGAGAUUCUACAAGGACAACCGCUUUGGCAUCCUACAGGCAACGUUCUGCAGCCUGCUGGUACUGCUGUCCGAUCCGAAGGGUUUGCGCAUACUUGAGCACACCGGCAAAUCGAACACGAUGGAGACAGCCCGUAAGCGCUACGUGUCUACCUUGAAACACAUGAGUGAUUGGUACGAGUGUGACCUGCAACCAGGAUCAAGAUCAUGGAAAUCGUUACAACAAGUACGUCGAAUGCAUCUCGGUGCAUCGCGCAGUGCUACCAAACGGCAGCUCGGGUUCAUUAGUCAGCCCGAGAUGGCACUGACAACGUUCGGCUUCAUGGGCUUUCCACUGGUGCGCCCGCACUUGCUCGGCAUCCGCUACGAUAACCGUGAGGAUGUGGAGGCAUUCGUACAUCUGUGGGCCGUGAUUGGAUUUAUGCUGGGUGUGCACGAUCACUGCAACAUGUGCCUGUUUCGAUUGGAGGUAGUCGACCAGAUUUGUCGGAUGGCGAUACGGUACGUGUUUAUGCCAUCGCUGCAACUGGAGACUACACUGUUUAAACAAAUGAUGGGUGCAAUAACCGAUGCCUACGCUGGCUACAUGCCGUUCAUGUCUUACGAGAGCGUCCUGUUUCUGACACGGCGCUUGGUCGGUAUACCUGGCUAUCAAUACGCGCUCGAUCUGAAAAAGGAAAUCAUCUGUCGGCCAAUACUUACGAAGGCGGAAAUAGAAAGCAUUGUCGAGCAUAUGGCACCGAAGGACUGCUAUAGACCCGUUAUGGCGAUGUAUCGCGCAAUUUUUUGUGAACAGAUUCGUCUCUUCAGGGUCAAAGAAGUGUCAAACGAGCGGAAGGAAAUGAACGGAAACUACAUGUUGCCGGUCGAGGAUGUAUGCGGUACCUACACCAAGCUUAAAAAUAACGAAGAUGAAUGCAAUGGAAGCUUGAAAGAAUGCGAAGAGGAUAUAAGACAGCUACUUGGCUUAAAGCACAAUCAGGAGUUGAUUGUGACGCACAUAGACAACAAAGACGAGUGGAGCACGUAUCUGAACGAUAGCCAACUGAAACAGUUGUCGCUAGGUGGACAGAGCAACGUGAAGUUUACCGUCCAAACACUUAACAUGUGCUAUAACACCAUUGGCCGGUAUGUGAACGAAGCCACUCUGUCCUUCAUUCUCUAUCGUAUAAAUAAGUUGUACCCGUAGAGAGCAAAGAUCGAAAGAAAAUUUCUAUUUGUGAUAUAGAUUUCCUCGUUUAACGAAAAGCAAUAAUCCUGCGUGAACAGCACAGCGACAACGGUUACAAGAAGAGCUUACCUUACUAGCAAAAAAACUUAAUGAUUAGAUUUUGCACUUAAAGGGAAGACUAGUGUGAGGUGUGAAGUAGGGCGCAACGAAUUUGUUAAGAGUAAAUGAACACGUUUUAUAGAUUGUUUUAAAGAUUAUAAAUAUAGGUGGAUCAACACCCGAGAAGGAAAAUA